AUGUAUUAUAUAUACACAAAUGCCGGCAUACAUGCAAAAUGGUUUGGUGUUAAGAUCACCAUGGCUCUGGCCUUUUUUGCCUAUAUGCCCUAUAUAGUGGCUCAAUUUUAUCCCCGCUUUAAAACCCUGAUACCCGCUGGUCUUAUGGUUGGUUUUGGUGGUGGUCCCUUAUGGUGUGCCAAAUGUACUUACCUCUCCACCGUUGCUGAAGCUUUAACACAAGUUCGUGGACAAAAAUCACAAAAGGAUGUCAACACUGUAAAAUUCUUUGGUCUAUUUUUUAUAUUCUAUCAAAUGGCCCAAGUAUGGGGUAAUUUGAUUUCAUCAUCUAUACUUUCAUUAGCUUCUGAUGAAGAAAGUGCCGGAAUUUCGAGUAAUUCUUCGAAAGCUGCUGAUUUGGUUAGUGAAUUGUGUGGGGCUCGCUUCUGUCCCAAUGUUAAGGCUGAGGUUAAUCCUAAUCUAAUACCUCCUGAACCUAGUAAGAUUCAACUAUUGAAUUCUAUAUUUUUGGUGUGUAUGGCUGUGGCGGUGAUACUGAUUGUCUUUGGUGUGGACUCCUUGAAGAGAUAUGGCAUGAAAAAAGGCAAUACUGGUGGUGAUACUGAAAUGACAGGUUUGAAACUUGUAACCGCCACUUUGAAGAUGUUAAAGAAAAAGCGUCAGCUUUUAAUGCUGCCUAUAACAAUGUUUAUUGGUUUAGAGGAGGCGUUCUUGGCAGUGGAUUUUACAAAGUCCUUUGUUGCCUGUGGCUGGGGUAUUUCCAACAUUGGCUUCGCUAUGAUUUGUUUUGGUGUUGCCAAUGCUAUUGCUGCCGGUUUGGCGGGUGGUGUUGCUGAGAAAUUGGGCCGUGUUAAGUUGGCUGUACUGUGUGCUUUAAUUAAUUUAGCUCUCUUUGGCUACAUGUUUAUCUAUGAAGCUAAACAGGGUGAUUUUAUCAAAUAUUGUGCUUUUGCUGCCAUCUGGGGCAUUUGUGAUGGUGUUUGGUUGGUCGUAAUAAAUGCUUUCUAUGGUAUACUUUUUCCUAAAAAUCUCAUAGCCGGCUAUAGUAAUUUUAGAUUGUGGGAAUCUACUGGCUCGGUAAUCGGUUACAUUAUCAGUUCACAACUCUGCACUUCCACCAAAUUGCUGAUUUUAAUAACUGUUUUAUUAGUGGGUUGUACAGGUUAUGGCAUUAUUGAAUAUCGUGUUUGGAAAAAACAAAAGUAUACCGUUGUAGUGACAACGGAAAAAAGUGAAUUAUAGUAUUGAAAUUAUGUACUUGUAAAAGAAUCUUGAAAUUGUAUUUUAUAAAAUAGAAAAUUUAUUGAUUUUUGUUAAGUUUAUAGUGUUACAAUAAAAAUGAGAUUUUGUUAUAAUUUUUUUUAUAUAAAAGUUGUAUUUUUCGUCAGUCUCUAUUAAAAUAAUAA